UUUACACGGAUGUACUCUUCACCCUUGAUACGAGGAGCGCGUUUAUUUUGCUGGCCUUUCGUUGGCUUUGAGGCCUUGCUCUUCUAACAGUCACACAGCCCUGUAUCCCUUAAUGAGCAGACGCAGCCUUUGCUGCGCUGAAAAUGCGUUAUGAGAGGGAAGAGCUUCUCGUAAAAACGGUUGCCCUCUGACUCUCUCCUCGUGCAGGUUUAACCCUUUAAGGUUUAAGACUGCAAAUGUGUGAUUAGAGUGUCAACUGAACACUCCGACGAUGAUGUAACAAUCACUGCUGGUAAAUGAAAGCAAUGGAGUUCUGGAACACUUAGAAUUUGAAAAAAAAAAAAGACAUUCCAAAAAGCCUUCUCUUCAAAGGGUUAACCGUUAACUUGCCAGUCGGAGGCGACUCUGUCUCCCUCCUUCUCCCCAGUGGUGCAAAGUGCACGGAGGGAAUUGCACUUCUGCGGAACGCCGGGAGAAGGGAAGGGGCGAGAAACCGUUUCGAAGAGGGCAUCGCCAUUCGCAUUUCACCCCAACCCCGGAGUCCUGUUCCCCCCCUCUUUUCUGCAGGACGGGUACACACGGAUACCCACCCCCAACCUGAAGACCAUGACUGUGGAACUGUAUACUAAGGGUGCGAGCGUGUGGGUGUCCGACCCGGAGGCCGUGUGGGCGUCGGCCUGCCUCCUGCAGGACCUCAGGCCGGGUGACGGACACCUGCUGCUUCGGUUCGGUGAUGGCAGGGAGGUGCAGUACCCAGUGUCGCCCCCUUCUGGCCUCCCGCCGCUAGGGAACCCUGAUAUUUUGGAGGGGGAGAAUGACCUGACGGCGCUCAGCUUCCUGCACGAGCCCGCGGUCCUGCACAACCUGCGCGUGCGUUUCCUUGACUACAGCAGCAUCUACACCUACUGUGGGAUUCUGCUGGUGGCCAUCAACCCGUACGAGCCGCUGCCCAUCUACGGGGAGGAGGUGAUCGACGCCUACAGCGGGCAGGACUCGGCCGACCUGGAGCCCCACAUCUUCUCCGUGGCGGAGGAGGCCUACCGAACCAUGAUCAGGGAGCAGAAGAACCAGUCCAUCAUCAUCAGCGGGGAGUCCGGGUCGGGCAAGACCGUCUCGGCCAAGUUCACCAUGCGCUACUUCGCGGCGGUGGGGGGCGCGUCCCAGCAGACCAGCGUGGAGGAGAGAGUGCUGGCGUCCAAUCCCAUCAUGGAGGCCAUCGGGAAUGCCAAGACAACCCGGAAUGACAACAGCAGCCGUUUCGGGAAGUACAUUGAGAUAGGCUUCGGUCGUCACGGUGACAUCAUCGGGGCAAACAUGAGGACCUACCUUCUGGAGAAAUCCCGUGUCGUCUUCCAGGCCCCAGAGGAGAGGAAUUAUCACAUCUUCUAUCAGCUGUGUGCCGGGCGGGAGCUGCCGGAGAUGAGAGCCCUCAAGCUGGACGCGGCGGAGCGGUUCCGCUACACCAGCCAGGGCGGGGAGGCCAGCAUGCCGGGCACGGACGACACGGCCGACCUGGAGCGCACGCGCAGCGCGCUCACCGUGCUGGGCGUGGGGUCUGACCAGCAGAUGGAGCUGUUCCGAAUCCUGGCGGCCGUGCUGCACCUGGGGAACGUCAGCAUCCAGGCCAGCGGGAGAGGGGGCGACCGAAGCUACGUCGACGCAGAGGACCGGUCCCUGGCGGUGUUCUCCAAGCUGCUGGGCGUGGAGCGCGCCCAGAUGGCGCACUGGCUGUGCCACCGGCGGCUGGCGGUGGGGGCGGAGCUCCUGGUCAAGCCCGUGUCCGGGCGGCAGGCGGGGGAGGCGCGGGACGCCCUGGCCAAGAGCGUGUACGGCCAGCUGUUCGGCUGGAUCGUGCGGCGCCUCAACACCGCGCUCCGAGCGCAGAGGGAGCGGCCGCGGUCCGUCAUCGGCGUCCUCGACAUCUACGGGUUCGAGACGUUCGACAGGAACAGCUUUGAGCAGUUCUGUAUAAACUACGCCAACGAGAAGCUGCAGCAGCAGUUUAACUUGCAUGUGUUCCAGCUGGAGCAGGAGGAGUACGUGAGGGAGGGUCUGCCCUGGAGCCGGAUUGAGUUCAGUGAUAAUCAGCCCUGCAUCGCCCUGAUCGAGGGGCCCCUGGGGCUGCUGGACCUGCUGGACGAGGAGUGCAGGAUGCCGAAAGGCUCGGAUGAAAGCUGGGCCCGGAAGCUGUACGACCAGCACCAGAACCAGAACCCCAGUCCGCACUUCGGCAAGCCGCGCAUGUCCAACAUGGCGUUCAUCAUCCGCCACUUCGCUGACAUGGUUCAGUACGAGUGUGACGGCUUUCUGGACAAGAAUCGGGACACGGUGUUUGAGGAGCCAAUCAACAUCUUGCGAGCGAGCCAGUCUGAACUGGUGGCUGAGCUGUUUCAACAGGAACCAGCAGGGGGCGCCCUCUCCCAGUCCGGUUUACCGAACGGAAGCCUGCGCUCAGGAAAGAGGGCUCACCGGGAGCACAAGCUGACCGUCGGCUUCCAGUUCCGCCAGUCCCUGCAGCUCCUGAUGGACACUCUGAACUCCACCACUCCCCACUAUGUGCGCUGCAUCAAACCCAAUGACCUCAAACAGCCUUUCCUGUUUGACCCUAAAAGGGCGGUCCAGCAGCUGCGGGCCUGUGGAGUCUUAGAGACCAUCCGAAUCAGUGCUGCAGGAUACCCGUCCAGAUGGGCGUACGCGGACUUCUUCAGCCGGUACCGGGUCUUGCUGCGCGGGUCAUGUGACCCGGGGGAGCCGCUGGAGGCGGGCUGCCAGAGGGCGCUGGCCGCACUCAUCCCCGACCCGGAGCAGUACUGCCUGGGGAGGACCCAGGUGUUCUUCCGGGCGGGGCAGGUGGCCGUGCUGGAGAAGCUGAGGGGGGAGAGGCUGAGGCGGGCGGGCGUGGUCCUGCAGAGCCGGGUCCGGGGCUGGCUGGCCCGCUGCCGGUACCGACGGGUCCGCCGGGCCGCCCUCGUCCUGCAGCGGUACACCCGCGGAGGCCUGGCCCGCAGGGUGGCGCACACCUUACGCUGUACGCGGGCGGCGGUGGUGCUGCAGAAGACCUACCGCAUGCUGGCCGUGAGGCAGGUGUACCUGCUGAUCCGCCAAGCCGCCAUCACCAUCCAGGCCUUCACGCGCGGUGCCCUGGCACGCCGCACCUACAGACAGCUGCUGUCGGAGCGCGCGGCGGUGGUCCUGCAGGCCGGCGUGCGGGGCUGGCUGGCGCGUCGGGCCUACGGGCGGCUGCGGGCGGCGGUGCUGCUGGCGCAGUGCUGUGCCCGGCGGCGGGCCGCCCGCAGGCAGCUGCAGAAGCUGCGGGUGGAGGCGCGCUCGGUGGAGAGGUACCGCCAGCUCAACCGGGGCAUGGAGGUGAAGCUGAUCCAGCUGCAGCUGCGGGCCGACCAGCAGGUGAGCUGGGCCUGCGCGCGUGUGUGUGAGAGAGAGAGAGAGAGAGAGUGUGUGUGUGUGUGAGAGAGAGAGAGAGAGAGAGAGUGUGUGUGUGAGAGAGAGAGAGAGAGAGAGGGAGUGUGUGUGUGAGAGAGAGAUAGAGCGAGUGUGUGUGUGUGUGUAGAGAGAGAGAUGAGAGAGAGGAUGAGGGCGGAGAGGAGGGCCGCCCAGGGAUCUCAGCUGGAGCAGGAGGUCCAAGCCCUGCAAUCAGAGAAGAGUAUUCUAGAACAAGAGAAGAAGGCCCUGCAUGAUCAUCUACUGGGGCAAGAGAGAGUGCAGGAGGAGCGUGUGGCACAGGGUGUGGCCCAGGCCAGUGUGAGUCUGCAGGGAGAGCUGGAGGAGGAGAGGUGUCGUUAUCAGGGCCUGCUGAAGGAGUUCACCCGUCUGGAGCAGAGAUACGACAACCUGCGGGAGAUGAGCUCCCUGUCAGAGCUUUCUCGGGGACACAGACGGACGGACUCGUCCCAGAGCCUGGUUCUGGAGCCCCUCUCCCCCGUGUCCCCCUCCUUUUCCGGGCCGCCCCCGUUCCCCGUGCCCGAAGACGACCGGAGGCUCAGCGUGACUACCCCCACCUGCGAGAGGAAACCGUGGGCUCCGGACUCCGCCCUGGAUGGCUUGAUGGACGUGAUGGGCGUGGCCAAGGACGCGGCAGAGAAAAUGAAAGGGGAGGACUUGAGACACGCUUACGAUGCCGUCCGCGUGGCCAACAAGAUUCUGGAGGACCAGCUGCUAUCCCAGAGGUCCCAGUGGGAGGAGGAGCUCUCUAACCUGCGGCUGCGGGUUCAAGCCCCAAAGGACCGACUGAUGACCCCUGACUCACCCCACUUCACUCCUGACCACGACACCAUCAAUUUACUGCUGUCUGACAAUAUUGACCUGAUGGAGCAGGUGGAGGUGAGGGAGCAGGAGUGCCUCAGGCUGAGGAGGGAACUGAAGGAGCUGAGACACACAGUCACACUGAGGAGAGCACUGAUACACAUGGGCUCCACCGUGGCCUUGUCCUUUGGACAGGAAGUCCCGCCUACCCAUCAGAAGAGGGCGGAGUUAACGGGGCUCCUGGAGUGCAGGAAGAGGGACGAGGCGAAGCUACUGAAGAACCUGGUCACAGACGUGCGGGUGGACAGCGCCCUCUCCCUGGCCCCGGGGCUGGCGGCCGGCGUGCUCUUCCUGUGCGUGCGCCAGGCGGACUGCAGCGGGGACGAAGCGCGGGCGCGCUCUCUCUGCACCGCUGCCAUCGUCGGCCUCAAGGGGGCGCUCAAGAAACACUGUAACGAUGUGGACAUGACUGCGCUUUGGCUGAAGAACAUCUGCCUGCUGACUGACCUCCUGACCCAACACUCCGCCCACCAGGACGGUAGCGGCGGCUCGGAGGAGCUGGUCCCUCUCUCCGCGGACCUGAGCGAGCCGCGGCGGGCGCUGAGCGACCUCUCCAUCCAGGCCUAUCAGCAGCUGCUGUCCAUCACGGAGAGCCGCCUGCAGCCAAUCAUAGUCCCUGCCAUGCUGGAGAGUGAGUCGAUCCCCCCGGGCCCCAGGGCGUCCGCCCCCCGACCGCCCGCUGCGCGGACCGGCAGUGGGGCGGGGCUGCGAGCGGGGGCGGGGGCCGGGGCCAGCAUGGGGGCGGUGCUGAAGGAGCUGGGCGCCCUCCACGCCGCCAUGACGCGCCAGGCCCUGCCCCUCGGCCUGCUGGGACAGGCCUUCCGCCAGCUCUCCCACCUGCUGGUGGCCACCGCCCUGAACAGCCUGCUGCUGCGCAAGGACCUGUGCAGCUGUGGGCGGGGCCUGCAGAUCAGGUACAAUGUCAGCCAGCUGGAGGAGUGGCUGCGCAGCCGAGGGCUGCAGGCAGGGGGCGCUGUUGCCACUCUGGAGCCUCUCAUCCAGGCUGCCCAACUGCUGCAAGUAGGCAAGAAGUCUGAGGCUGACGCACGGGCCCUCGUCCGCACAUGCACUGCCCUCUCCGGCCAGCAGAUUGUGAAGAUUCUGGGUCUCUAUACGCCUGAUAGCGAUCUUGAGGAGAGGGUGACUCUCAAUUUUAUCCGCAUUGUUCAGGGACUUCUGAAGGAGCGCUCGGAGGGUCAGACGCGUCAGAUCCUCCUGGACGUGCGUCGCGUCUUCCCCGUCACCUUCCCUCGCCUGCCCCCCCCUCCGCUGCGAGCGGACCGGCUGGACAUCCCAGAAUCCCUCAGGCUUUCUUUCCUGCGCAGGGUCUGAGUCCUGAGUUGCGAUUCAGUUUAGUCGGCUUACAGAAGGUGAACAAACAAACGCUCAAUUUAAUUUUUUGAUUUUUGUUGGAUUUUCAAGAGGCCGUCAACGGUUCGGCAUCUCUGUCCUGAUUGCACAGUGCUGCUUGGUAAUGUUUGUCGGCAGGUUCUUACUGAUGGGCGUCCUGAGUCGUCUUCAGUUAUUACAAUAAAAAAAACAUUGCAAACAAUUACAGCAUUUAACAUUAAUUUCAGUAUUUAUUAUUAAAUACGAUAUAAAUAUCAAUAUUAAGUAUCAAGUAUCUGCAGUAAGAUUGCUGCAGAUGUUCCAUCCCAUAAUGUCUAACAGAAUAAAACUGUUGGUUUAAGCAAUGGCUGAUUCUCUUCUGGGAAAAAAGACCAUCAUUCUGUUCUUUAAGAGGAGAUGAGACAGAAUGAAUGUCCUCUUUAUUUUCUUUUGUCUCAUAGCACAGUAAUUAUUUCUUAACUGCUGUUGAUAAGAAUAACACAUGUUAUUCUAAUAUGUUGUUAUAUUAGUUCAUAUAUUGUACUGUUUAUGAGUCAUGACACCAACCACUCAGUAACAGAUGAUCGCUUGCAUAUUUCAUGCAUUGUACGGAUCAGAUUACAAAAUGGCGGACACACAACAAAAAUGGCCUUGCUUCUGAACUUACGAGACGUUACAGUAGUGCCACAGAACUCACAUGGAACACACCUCCGUACGUUUAUUGUUUGAGUGAAUCGUUUGAAAUGAUUUUGUGAGACGGAAAAAACAGUGUGACACCAGGAGCUACAUUUUUAAAACGUUUUUUUUUUUAUUGGAAGCAGAAACACAACGAUGCUCCACCUCCGUUCCCCGAUAAGAACAACCAUAAUAAAAAAAAUUAUAAACAUCUUUCGUAUAAAAAAAUCUCUCAUGCGAGUACUUUGUACCACUACACAUCAGUAAUACAUAUUUAUAUAUUCACAAGCCUUUGAAAAAUAGAAAAGAAAUUAAAUUACUCCAAUGUUAAAAUAAAAAGUUAAAACCGAACAUAAGACAACAGUUGGCAAGUAACAUCAAAAAGACACGUGCUGGCACAAGAAAGGUGUUUCCCAUCAUGCACUUCUUCCUAUUUACAGCGUGGGCAUCCCUGUUUGUGUCUACGUGGUAGUGUGUUGUUAGCCGUAAUGUGCUUUUUAAAAUUGUGCUUCCGUGCGUGUUCGCAUGGUCCCAUGCCAUUUUGUGUGUGUCUGUGUGUGUGCAUGUGUGUGUGUGUGUGCAUGUGUGCACAUGUGCUUGUGUGUGUGUGUCCUCUGAUAUCAACACCCACAGUUACUUGCAGGCCUAGCAGGGAGGGUUUCU